AUGGCUCUAUGCGCUUUUUAUGCAUUUUGGGGUUUGUUACUGGAAGUGGCAGUAGCAUUUGGCCCAGUACCAAGGAUCACUUGGGAACACAGAGAGGUCCAGCUCAUACAUUUUCAUGAAUCAGAAGUGUCAAACUAUUCAACCUUGCUGUUAAGUGAAGACAAAGAUGUUCUAUAUGUAGGAGCCAGAGAAGUGAUCUUCGCAUUAAACGCGGUGAAUAUUGCUGAAAAGCAGCACGAGUUACACUGGAAAGUUACCGAAGAUAAAAGGGCUAAAUGUGCAGUCAAGGGCAAAUCAGAACAGACAGAGUGUCGUAAUUAUGUGCGUGUCUUGCAACAGCUGAACGAUACUUUUCUCUAUGUGUGUGGAACUAAUGCGUUUCAGCCAACGUGCGAUUACCUGAAUUUAAUUUCAUUUGAGCUUGGAGGUAAAAAUGAAGAUGGUAAGGGCAGAUGUCCGUUUGAUCCUGCUCAAAGCUACACAUCUGUUAUGGUUGAUGAGGAGCUUUAUUCUGGGACUUCCUACAAUUUCUUGGGAAGUGAACCUAUCAUUUCACGGCACUCUCAUCAGAGCCCUCUGAGAACAGAGUAUGCAAUACCUUGGCUUAAUGAGCCCAAUUUUGUUUUUGCUGAUGUGAUAAGAGCAGAUCAAAACAGCACAGAUGGAGAAGAUGACAAGAUAUACUUCUUUUUCACCGAGGUGUCUGUGGAGUAUGAAUUUGUUGGAAAACUGAUGAUUCCAAGAAUAGCUAGAGUGUGCAAGAGGGACCAAGGAGGAUUAAGGACUUUGCAGAAAAAGUGGACUUCCUUUCUCAAGGCCAGAUUGAUUUGUACCAUCCCUGAUAAGAAUUUAAUUUUCAAUAUCAUCAAUGAUGUUUUUAUUCUCAAGUCUCCAACUUUGAAGGAACCAGUGAUAUAUGGGGUCUUCACCCCGCAACUGAAUAAUGUGGGGCUGUCAGCAGUGUGUGCAUACAAUCUGUCUACUGUAGAAGAGGUUUUCUCAAAAGGAAAAUAUAUGCAGAGUGCUACAGUAGAACAGUCUCAUACAAAGUGGGUACGAUACAAUGGGGAGAUUCCUAAUCCUCGACCUGGUGCGGUAAGUUUCUGCAAUCUUGGAUCUGAUGACUAG